AUGUUCGAAUUCAAAGCGCAUCUUAAAGUACCCUCUGCUUAUACCAUAACACUUGACAAUCUUGUUCUGCAACGCCAUUCAUUACCAGUUCUUGCAGCUCUAUUGAUCGCAGGAUAUAUGCUUUUCUCUUUUCUUUGCACCUGGCGCUAUGCGCAGAAAGCACGUAGGAUGGGUUGUGGGAAAGCGCCUCUCUACCCCAGUAUGGACCCGUUCGGUAUUUCCACACUUCUCGAAACACUUGAAGCAGCAAAGGAGAAGCUGCUCCCGGAGCUUGCACAGAAGCGAAUAGCUUUUUUAUCUCGCCAGCAUGACAGAUACGUUUCGACUUUUCGAAUGUGCCAGGCCGGCCGGGAAAACCUAUUCACGGCAGAUCCGAAAAAUAUCCAAGCUAUGCUAGCGACCCAAUUCAAAGAAUUUGGCUUGGGCGAUACGCGUCGCAACGUAGCUGGACCUGUUGUCGGUCAUGGUAUUUUUACUACCGAUGGUGAGGAUUGGUUUCGCUCUAGAUCAUUGCUGCGGCCUCAAUUUACGCGAGAUCAAAUGAGCAAUCUUGACAGGGAGGAACGACACAUUCAAAAUGCGCUAUGUGCCAUUCCUAUGCUAUCUGACGGCUGGUCAUCUGCUGUGGAUAUUCAAGCCAUCUUUUUUCGUCUUACCCUUGACUCGGCUACCCAGUUCCUCUUUGGUAAGAGUUGUGAUAGUCAGAUUGCUGCUAUACACAAGGACGGGGGAAGGACAUCCGAUGAUACAUUUCUUUACGGAUUUGACCGGUGCAUGUGGUUUCUCGCAGAGCGACUCCGGCUCGAGCGGCUUUACUGGAUCAUCUACAAUCAGGAGUUCCGGAAGUGUAUCAAUAUCGUUCACGCUUUCGUUGAUAAGUAUGUUCACGCUGCUUUGAUACAGGCGCAACAACAGGAAGAGAAACCUCACAGCAUCGGAAAUGCCCCAUCUCAGUAUAUUUUCUUGAAAGCUCUAACAGGGCUUACGAAAGAUCCUGUCCGGUUACGCGAUGAAUCUUUAAACGUUCUUCUGGCAGGCCGUGAUACAACGGCUUCGCUACUCAGCUGGACAAUCCUCCUUCUCGCAAGACACCCGCUCAUCUUCACACGACUGCGAAGCGAUAUACUGGAGCAAUUUGGUACUUACGAUCAGCCACGGAACAUGGAUUUUGCGUCUCUGAAAUCUUGUCAGUAUCUACAGCAUUUUCUCAACGAAACACUACGUCUUUACCCAGUCGUGCCCUUCAACCGCCGUUGCGCGACAAAAGAUACUACGCUUCCUCGCGGCGGCGGGAAAGAUGGCACCGAUCCUAUCUAUGUUCGUACAGGACAUACAGUCUUGUAUAGUACCUACGUUCUGCAUCGUCGAAAGGAUCUCUGGGGCCAGGAUGCCGAAAUAUUUAAUCCGGACCGGUGGGUCGGGCGAAAGGUCACCUGGGAGUAUAUUCCGUUCAACGGGGGUCCUCGAACCUGUAUUGGUCAGCAGUUUGCUUUGAUGAGGGCUAGCCAUGUGCUGGUAAGGCUUUUGCAGAGGUUUGAUCAGAUUGAGGAUGUGCACUCUGAGAGAGAGAUCCGUUAUGGUGUUUCGCUUACUUCUUGUCCCGCUGAUCCUGUCACUGUGAGAUUGCAUCGGGUGGAAAUGGAGGAUUGA